AUGUCUGAAAAUUACUUUUACCUCAAUCGCAAUCAACCAAACCGUGUAUUAUAUUUCAAAGAAUGGCUCCCCAGUAUUUAUCUACCAAGUGUUAAAAUUUUGAGAAGAAAUAACGUUAAUGUUGCAGAAACCCAAUAUCGCCAAGAGAUUCAAGACGCUAUAACCACUUGUGGCGAGGUCCAUUCAAAUAGCAAACAAAAGCUAGAAACAAUCUUAACACAGUUUAACUCCAUGUCCAAGAGAGCUAAGAUAGAAAAUGGUUGCUCAGAUACUAUCAUGCUUGCAUAUACUGAAGUUAUCCGCCAUUUGGAACGGUUGGAUUUGGCAUCGAUUAGACCAGAAGCUCCUCUAGCAUCCGGUGUUAUUGAUCUUUCGGGUAAUUUGGGACCCGAUUUCGAUCCAGUAUUCAUGGGACCAAUCGCUUUCCCACAUGGGGAGAUGACCGUUGAAACCAGACGUAUACUGAUGACGGUUUUUGACUUAUUAGAAGGAUUGAUGGAACGGAUGGAAGCUACGAAUUCGGGGAAGAAGCCGGAUCUGCAGGUUUUGCUAAAGCUUGAUAUGGUAGAAAGUGAACUCGUACUUGCUGAAGUUUCACGAUUACUCCCUCAACAAAACGAUACCACCGACACGGCUAGAUCGCUAAAUAUCGAGCUAGGGAAAGUUCCCGUUUUAGGUAUCCAAAUCUGUGAGUUGGUUAUACCAUUACGUAUUUCCUCUCGCCAGAUCGUCGAAGAAUUUUUAAAGAAUGCUCUUAAAUUGAGAUCCGUGGUUGAAAAAAUUAUCGCAAUGGCGGUGGGUGUGAAAGAUGAAAUUAAUCUUUUGCCAGUAAUCGAAGAUCGGACACCAUCAUCAUCAAUGAUGUCGACUACAUAUUCUCCACCAAGAAGUUGUUAUGUGAUUCGGAUAAAUUUACUAGAGUAUCAUAUUUCUAUCCCGUAUUUUAUCGUAUGA